UCAUUUAUAAAAUGAAUGAAUAAAAAAUGUUAGUGGAAAUAGAAUAUAAGCAUGCGGUUCUCAAGAUUAAAUUUCCCCAUAAAAUAACCCUACACAUUUUUGAAGGAGAUCAACACUCUCGGAAAGAAACAGAAAAAUGAGAGAAAUUGCUACAGUGAAGCUUGGAAGCCAAGGCUUAGAGGUUUCAAAGUUGGGAUUUGGGUGUUCUGGCAUCACUGGAAUGUAUUACUCCCCUAUUUCAGAAGAGGUUGGGAUCUGUUUAAUCAAAUAUGCAUUCAACAAAGGAAUCACAUUCUUUGAUACAGCAGAUGUUUAUGGAUCCCAUGGUGCCAAUGAAAUCAUUCUCGGAAAGGCAUUGAAGGACUUACCUCGCAAAGAAAUUCAGAUAGCGACGAAGUUUGGAAUAGUGAAAAUGGAACCAGAUAAUAUCAUAGUAAAUGGUUCACCAGAAUAUGUUCGAUCAUGUUGUGAAGCUAGUCUCCAACGCCUUGGAGUAGAUUACAUUGAUCUCUAUUAUCAGCAUCGUGUUGACACUACAAUACCGAUUGAGGAUACUAUGAAAGAGCUUAAAAAGCUGGUGGAAGAAGGAAAGAUAAAGUACAUUGGAUUAUCUGAAGCUAGUUCUGAUACCAUUAGAAGAGCAAAUGCUGUUCAUCCUAUUACUGCUGUUCAAAUGGAGUGGUCCCUUUGGACUCGCGAAAUUGAGCAGGAUAUUGUUCCACUUUGCAGGGAACUUGGAAUUGGAAUAGUACCAUACAGCCCUUUAGGCCGCGGAUUUUUCGCGGGCAAGGCUGUCACAGAAAGCAUACCUUCAAGUAGUGUUCUGGUUUCGCAUCCAAGGUUACAAGGGGAAAAUCUUGACAAGAACAAGAUCUUAUAUUCUAGAAUACAAAAGUUGGCAGAGAAACAUGAAUGUACAACUUCACAACUUGCUCUUUCGUGGAUUCUUCAUCAAGGAGACUCUGUGGUACCAAUCCCUGGAACAACCAAGACAAAAAAUGUUGAUAGUAAUGUUGGUUCAUUAGAAGUGAAGCUGAGCAAUGAUGACUUGGAGGAAAUUACAGAUGCAAUACCAAUAUCUGAAGUAGCAGGGGAUCGAACUACUGAUAUUAAUGUUAAAUGCUCUUGGAAGUAUGCUAAUACUCCACCUAAAGCAUAGCUAAAUAGUACAAGUUAUGCAACACAGGAAUAAAAUAAAAAAAAUUAAUCUAGUUUGUGCCCGAUUGUCACUUAGUCAAUUCCAAUGAGACUAUAUUAAUUCUACGGGUUGGUCUAAUGGUAAAUGUUUGAGUCCUCAAAAGUCUGCUUGUCUUAAUGUCCUAGGUCUAAAUCUCAUUAGAUUUGAGUUUUAAGAGUACUUUUAAAUGUAGUCUCCACAAGUAAAGUGUUAAAUUGGUUUCGUCCCACAAAAAA